AUGCCACCCGGAGAGGCAGAUGGGGCCCAGCCUGAUGCUUCCUGGACCCGCCCCACCCUGCCCGGGCACAGUCCAGGGCUUCCUGCCCUUCGAACCGCACUUGUGAUCAGUAUUGACGGUGGUGGGAUAAUCAUUAACCACCACCAGGGGCUGGGUCAACGGCUCAAAAGGCCCUGGGCCCAGGGUGUCCCCACUUCCUCCUUGUGCCCCGAAGGCCAGCCCGGCACUCAGAAGCUUUGGAGUCUCCCAAAAUGCCUGCUGGGUCUCUGCAGGACUGGCACCUGUCACCGGAACCUGUCUGGGAGGGACGAGAACACGCUUUGCAAGAGGAAGCUCUGCCUCACAGAGCCCUGGGCUCACUCAGGGACCCUGGCCAGCAGCUGCUUCCUCUCCCCACAGCGGAGAGAGACCCAAGGGUCCCAGGGUGGAUGCUUCCCACCAGGCCAGCCCAGCAUGCAGGGUGGCCUCGCAGCUCUGCUCACACUGUCCUGGCUGCUCUGAAUCCCUGGGCCCCGACUGGCCCCUGCCGUGGCCCAGCUCAGCAACCCCUCCCUGCAGACCAUCCCAUGACUCUGCAGGCACUGCUCCCCUCUCUGCCCACACCCCGGCUUCGUGGGCCUCUCCCGCCACCCUUAUCUCAUUCCCUGCAGAGUUAAGGAGCCCUGUGUGCUUAUCUAAUCCUGUGCUGGUUUCAGACUCCUUGAGGGCAAGGUCCACGACUUACUCAUCCUCCCUGGCUGCUUCCCCCACCCACCAGCAUAGUAGGUGUUCAGGAUACAUGGGCUGGAUGGUGGGGCCCUGGACUCUAACCCUCUUGGGGCUGUCAGGCCUCAGACUCAGAGCACUGGCUUAGGGUGAAAGGGGUGCAGUCAGCAGCCACCCUGCCCUGGGGGUCCUCCUGCAUCUGCCUCUGCAGAGCACUGCGAUCCCACAAAGGCCUGCGAGGGCUAUUGGAGACCUGUCCCAACGCAUGAGCAAGGCGGAUCCAGCACCCUCCCCCAGCUCCUUGAGCCCACUGACCUGUGUCCUUUACCCAGCAGGCCCUGGGCCCAUGCACAUUUCCCUGGCCUGGGUCUCACCUCCAACCCCUCUCAGAACUCCUCAAGACCUGCCCAAGGGUCACUCCCUCCCGGACACCUGCCUGGCCCCCCGCCCCACCCCCCAUUACCCCACUCACUGGCUCCCUGGAUGCUCUGUGGCUGGGAUGUUAGCGCCCCCAUCAUGCCCCAUCACCCACACCGGGCUAUUUCCCCCACCAGCCUGAAAGCCUCCAGGAGUGGCGGCCACUGACUUUUUUCCUGUAGCCUCAGACUCAAAGGAGGCACUUAAUAAAUGCACACAGAAGGACUGA